AUGUCGAAUUUUGGUGAUUCCCCUGAUGUUGGAGAUUCGCCGGAACGUCCAGCAAUGAAUACAACAAAUAAUCUAUCAUCUUCGAUUGAUAGUGAAGAAACAGCUUUAUCCAAGUAUGAACACGAAUUAGAAAGGAUGAUCAACGAAAAUUUUGUUAAUGGACAAGAUUUAUACACACAAAAGCUAUUUAUUGCCUUCCAAAAUGCAGCAAAAGCGGUGACAAAAAUGUUUCGUGAGCGUUCGAGUGGGACAGCUAACUGGAAUACCUUUCAUGCAGCUGCUGGAUCAGUGACAAUGCUUUACAAAGAGAGUCUAGACGCACUGAAAGAUGCAGUCCAGUUGGGUAUUAUCAAUGGUGAACAGCGUAAAACCAAAGAAUUAUUAUGCUGGGCACGCCGUAAACAACGACGUCACAUUCGUACUGAAGAAGUUUACGACUACUUAAUUGGUCGACCACCAUAUCGUUUUGCUUCUCGACCAUAUCAUUCAACUAAUUCAUUAGCCACAGCAGAGAUCGGCAGUACGAACAGUGGUACAACAAAUAUCAGUAGUAUACGUCGACAAGAGUCAACUACCGAGCUCACAACGAAUCCCACCCAACCAGUUGUCGACGAUCUUCAAACGUUUCGACAAGCACUUGUUAUGCAUGAUAUUGAUAAUGCCAAUCGAAAUAUUCAUUCGAAUUCCUAUCGUCAUCAGUCUCCAUCCCCACCGUCGACAGCUCAACAGCUGGAAAGCUUUGUUCGUCAACAAGUUGCUGAUCACUUAGCACGAAAACGUGAUUGGCAUUCAGCGGAUUUGUUUAAUGCUUCAAAUUCUUCGGAUUUUCAAAAACCUAAACGUGGCCGACAUAUGUGA